GGUGGAUAUCCUCUCUCUUUGCAUCCUAUUUCUCAAGGUUUCUUGCUUCACCAUAUCGUCGGAGAGCUACAGCAUCAUGUCGAAAGUCAAUACGUUGAAGCAGCAGCAAGCCGAGCUCGAAGAUGGCAUGUCCAAAAUCAGCAUGGUAGACAAUGAUCCCCCAAAGAAGGUUCCCUCCAAGGCGCCUCCGAAGAAGCUGCCUUCUAAGCCUAGUACUUCGUCCACGACCACACCAGUCAAGUCGCCUCCCAAAAAGCUGCCUUCUCAGCCUUCCACAACAACUCCAUCGAAAUCCACCCCAGUCAAAGCUUCGCCGGUACCUGUAAAGAAGUCCUCAGUUGGCACAGGCUCUACACCGGUCAAGAAGCCUGUGACGGCGACCAAUGGCGGUUCAACGCCUGUCAAGUCUGCACCAGCCAAAGCUACGCCUGUCAAGAAGCCUGUCCCGCCCAAGGCUCAGCCCUCGAAGGUGCAGAGUCAGGCAAGUGCUGGGGCUCAAGAGGGAACAGGAGCUGUACAGAACGCGGCGCGAAGGAAGCCAAUACCUCCUCAGGUCUUGCCCCAGACCAAGAAGCCCGUCAGCUCGGCCAAGAACACCGUGGCAUCAGCGACUAGCAGUGCGCCCAAGGCAGCACCAAAUAGAGCGCAGAAGACGACAUCAGCAGUCACAGGAACAGCUCAAAAAGGCACAGAGGCAGUCGCGAACACAGCAGGAAAGACAGUCGGGAAUGUUGGCGGCAUUGCAAACAAAGGAGUUGGUGCGACUACAGGCACUCUCGAUAAAGCGUCUGGUGGCCGCACCGCGCCGGUGACGAAGAAGGUCAACAAAGCCGGUGCCGGAGCAACUCAGACGGCAACGGAUGCCACCACCAAUGUUGGCAAAAUCGGCACUGACGCUGUCAAGAACGUCAAGAACACCACAGACUCUGCAGUUGGUAACCUGGCGGACACUGCGACCAACACCGGAAAGGCGAUCGGGAACAGAGAUAUCAAAGGUGUCGGUGCAGGCAUUGCCAAAGGUACUGGCAAGACUGUAUCAGGCGUGGGUCAAGGAGUCGGCGCAACCGUAUCAGGUGUGGGUACUGGAGCGGAUGCUACAGUCUCUGGACUCGGGAAGGGUGUCAACGCAACACUCGGCGGCCCAAUUGGCAACGCUGCGCAGAGUACAACUGCUGGCAUCGGAAAGACUGUAUCAGGCACCGCUUCCGGUCUUGGCAAGACAGUCGGCGAUACAGCUUCAGGCAUAGGCAAUUAUGAUGUGAGCAAAACCGCUGCUGGGGCCACGGGUGGCGUUGGCAAGACGGUCGGCGGGGUCGGAUCCGGCGUUGAUAAGACUGUCAGUGGCGUUGGAAAGACUGCUGGUGGCUACGUUCCGGGUCGAGCAGGAGGCACUGUCGAAGGAGUCACGAAGGGCGUCGGUGGCACCGUAUCUGGCAUCACUGGAGGCUUAGGAGAAGGAGUUGGAAAACUAGGCAAAGGCGAUGUCAUCGGAACAGGCACGUCUGUCGUUGGCGGUGUCGGCAAAGGUUUAGGAAAUCUCGGAAGUGGCAUCUGGGAGGGUGUGAGUGGCAAGAACAGACAGCCAAAGGAGGAGGCUGUCGAAGAAGAUGCACAAGAAGGCCAACAGAAACAGGAGUCAUCUGGUGGGAAGAAUAGUUUCUUUUGAACCAUGCGGACGAUGUGCUGGCUGCGAGAAAACGAGGAUCAAGGCAGACAGUACUCAGUGUUAUUGGACAGAUACGGUGCACCCAGCGGUAGGACGCGAUAUACGUUGUAGCAUACGCUUUAUGAACGCAGUGUUGCUUCUCCAG